GCGCCGGGGAGCGAGAGCAGCGCGCGCACCGUCCCGUCACUGUAGUAUGGCAUCGAGGAGAAUGGAGACCAAACCGGUGAUAACGUGCCUGAAGAGCCUGCUCAUCGUCUACUCCUUCGUGUUCUGGAUCACGGGGGCCAUCCUCCUCGCUGUGGGACUAUGGGGGAAGUUCAUGCUCGGGCCCUACAUCUCUCUGAUCGCCGAGAACUCCACCAACGCACCGUACGUCCUCAUCGGCACCGGGACCACCAUCAUCAUCUUCGGGCUGUUCGGCUGCUUCGCCACCUGCAGGGGGAGCCCAUGGAUGCUCAAACUGUAUGCGAUGUUCCUCUCACUUGUGUUCCUGGCUGAGCUGGUGGCUGGCAUCUCUGGGUUUGUUUUCCGUCAUGAGAUUAAAGGCACGUUCCUGAGGACCUAUAACGAAGCUGUGCUGAACUACAAUGCGCAGGAUGAGAGGAGUCUGGCUGUGGAUAAUGUACAGAGGAGUCUGCGUUGCUGUGGUGUGUUGAACUACACGAGCUGGUUCAACAGUGUUUAUUUCCCCACUAACGGAAUUCCCCCCAGCUGCUGCGCCAACAUUUCCGACUGCAACUCCUCAGACCUGCGGAACACCACCAUAGCAGCGAGCAAAGUGCACCAGCAGGGCUGUUAUGAGCUGGUGACUUCCUUCAUUGAGACUAACAUGGGCAUCAUCGCCGGAGUGACAUUCGGCAUCGCAUUCUCACAGCUCAUCGGGAUGCUGCUGGCAUGUUGUCUGUCCCGGUUUAUCACGGCUAAUCAGUAUGAGAUGGUGUAGCAGAGUGGCCGUGGGAAGUUGUAAAGAGGGCAUAACGUCGUAAUGUUCGGAGACCUGGGAAGGAAACUCAAGAUACUAGCACACUCCAUUCUUCUCUUCUCUUCUUUCCUUCUCCCUUUCUUUUGUCCUUCCUUUUUCCUCUGCCCCGCUCCGUCCUGGUAGUAUAUCAUUCCUAAUUGUGCAUUUUGUGUGCCAGCUUCUCUUUCAGAAAUCCUUAACUUUACACCACACACACUUCGCUCUGUACAAAGCCAUGCAUGCUGAAGCAGUUCCACUGAAAACCAACCUGCAUUUUUAUUAAUUAACUGAACUCUGACUGGCGUCGGUGCGUCGUAGCUAUAGUUCUUUGUCUGAUACGGUUUUCAGGAAAAAUAAACAUAAAUAAAUAUGAUGAAAGUAAUACUAGUUUGUUUGGGUUUUUUCGUUGUCGUCCGUUGCUGUACGUACGCUGUAGUGACGUUUUCGGAGGAGAAAGUUUACGUUUCGUUUGUGCUUUUUUUUUUUCCUCGAUCUUGCCACCAUUUUCCGAGUGCCAUUUUUUAAAAUCCUGCCAGAGCUGUACAGAGUUUUCGUGCUCGUGCUGCCUUUUAGAAGCUCGUCCUGUCUGUCUGAUGCGGCUGUAGCUAGUUUGUACUUGCGGGAUGAAGACGUACGAAGGUAUAACCUGAUAAGGAAAUACGUAUGAAAUGGCUACGUCGUUAACGUUAUGCUAUAACAAUACAGAUGAUGAAGUUUGUUCCUUCAGUCCGAGAUCACUGCAGAAAAUACUGGAAACUGCUGAAAUCUGAACUGUGAUUAGAAACAAAACAAAAAACCUUGAUGCGAAAGUCUUGCACUAACAUCUGAGAGGAAAUUCAGACAUAACGUCACCACAGAUCUUAUAAUAUUGUGAUCUCGGAUUGUAGAUGCACUGAAUACAGUGAAUUCACCCACAGUUUGAACCCUACAUUUGGAAUAUUUUGUACGAGAUGUUUUAAAACCAAGAACGUUUUUCGAUGCUAAAGAAAUCAUUUGCGUAACUCAGCUAGCCUGCAAAAGACAUAUGACCUCGAUUCUGGAAGUAAAUUUGGCGUGGUGUAAAAGAAAAUGUGACAUCGAGACAUACUCCAAAUAUCCACGGAUACAGUAACGUCUCCAACCGAUUGCUGGGUUUCGCGUUGGAAUCCUGCGUAAUGUGGUACAAGCGCAGUACUUCGGCAAUUAAACGCUAUUUUGCAAAAUAAAGUUGAAAUCUGACUGACGUACAGCUUCCACAGGAGCGUGCACUGUCGUUCUAACAGUCUGGGAGCUGGUGGUACGUCGACAAUCAGAGUUCACAAUGAUUGCAGAUUCUGUGUGGGGAAAAUGAACUUUUUUUUUACUUCCAGAAACCGACAUCCGAGUUUGAAAGAGUUCAAGCUGCCGAGUAGCUGAUGAAUCUUUAUCCAAGUGGAAACGUAGCAGUUAAACAUUUCCACAUUACACAACAUGACAUUGUUUGUUCUUCGGGUAUCGAUUUAUUUAAGCUGUGCAUCUAUUAAAAUGCUCUGAUCAACUUCUGAGAGAAAACAGAAUCCAAAUUCGAAUCGGAUUAGGUGCGAGAAUUUUAUUUCGAGCGUACGUUAAUCGAUUUUAGCCCGUGCGCUACACGUUAUACGGAAUGUUUAUAUCGUACUGUAGAACUGUAGAUUGUAGCUUAACGAGAGAAAUUAGAGCUUAGUAAGAAAAGUUAAUUCAUUAAGGAUUAAAAUUACAUUAGCAAAGAGGUGCUAAAGAUUACGAGCAGCUCAGCAUUUACUUGUGGAAAAGGGUCAACUUUUUUUCUGAGGAAAUUUGCAAUGUUGAAUUCAUCAUGAGAAUGGAAUCAUGUGACUUUAACCCUCUGGGGUCUGAGGGUAUUUUCUGGUACUUUAAAGAUUUUGGUAUACCAUACAUGCUCUGAUUUUGUUGUCGAUUUCAACAAAUCUAAGCAGUAUUUUCAGUCAUAUGACCUUUUUGUGAGCGGAACAGUGGUGUAGUAGUUAGCGCUGUCGCCUCACAGCAAGAAGGUCCGGGUUCGAGCCCCGUGGCCAACGAGGGCCUUUCUGUGUGGAGUUUGCAUGUUCUCCCCGUGUCCGCGUGGGUUUCCUCCGGGUGCUCCGGUUUCCCCCACAGUCCAAAGACAUGCAGGUUAGGUUAACUGGUGACUCUAAAUUGAGCGUAGGUGUGAAUGUGAAUGGUUGUCUGUGUCUAUGUGUCAGCCCUGUGAUGACCUGGCGACUUGUCCAGGGUGAACCCCACCUUUCGCCCGUAGUCAGCUGGGAUAGGCUCCAGCUUGCCUGCGACCCUGUAGAACAGGAUAAAGUGGCUACAGAUAAUGAGAUGGAUGACUUUUUUUGUGUUCAGCUACAAUAAUAUCUUUGUAGUCUGUAGGUCAUGAUUGUACUUUUUUAAAAAAAUACCAAUUAAUUGAAGCUGUUGUAAAAAGCAGUUUUAGAACUUUGCUAGAAUGUGUGAAAAAAACAUGACCUUACCCAUUGUGUCGAACUGUUUUGAUCACUUGAGGUGAAUGGAUCAAGCACAAAAACUUAAAUCUGCUCCAUUGAUUUGGACAAUUAACUGGCCAUCAAAAAAAUGUAUGUUGCUUGGCAGUGGGAGGAGUAUUCAAUGAGAAGGGUAAAAAUUUCCAUUCCAUUCAAUGAGAAGAGUGAAAACCCCUCCCACUGCCAACUCUUGAUCCCAUCAGAUUAACUCUUAAUCCCAACAGGUGAAGUCCCAGUGGGUAAGGUCAUGUCGUUCACACAUUCCAACACAGUUCUAAAACUGAUUUUUACACCAUCUUCAUUUAUCUGGUAUUUGACUCGAUUCAGUGUGUCUUGAAAUUAACUCUCGUACUAUUUUACUCCGUUCAGAGCCAGAAUCAACUCUGUUACACAAUUACGCUGUCAUUUUGCUCCCAGUCCAAAUUUUACUCUUUUAAACUCAAAAUUAAGCAAAAUUAACUAUUUUUGAGGAAAAUACUUUUAAUUCUGGAAAAAAAAUUGCUCAGUCAUUUUUCCUGUGCGCGCACUACAGCACACGCGUAUCAACCGACCUACUCAUCAGAAAUAGAAGAAAUAUUUACACUUGCUCGAGCUGGAUCGAGUCGAAGUAAAAAAAAAAAAAAAGCACUGCUCAUCAGUGUCACAGUUCUCUGAGAUUGAACCAAAUCGCUGUCCUGAAUCAUGAAAGGAAUCAUGAAUUGAUUCGCUGUCCUGAAUCAUCAAAAGCGCAUAAAAUCCGUGUGCCAUCUCGCAACAAGUUUUACCUCCAAAUAGCCUGAACUAUGGCUGACAAAUUUUUUCCUGUUUACGGUGGGCGUUCCCACCGUGAAAGAGAAACCAAUGGAAACCAAAAGAGUGAAAGUGAUCAUCAUGCCGUUACCAUGGGAACAGUCUUUUAUGAAUGUAUAAGUGGGCGCUCCGACUCCGGUGUGACUGAUUAAGGUGACAAGUUUUAUGUUUCAUCUAAUUUAAAAACUAUAAUAUUUUUUAUAUUAUCACCGUGGGCGGCACGGUGGUGCAGUGGUUAGCGCUGUCGCCUCACAGCAAGAAGGUCUGGGUUCGAGCCCCGUGGAGUUUGCAUGUUCUCCCCGUGUCCGCGUGGGUUUCCUCCGGGUGCUCCGGUUUCUCCCACAGUCCAAAGACAUGCAGGUUAGGUUAACUGGUGACUCUAAAUUGAGCGUAGGUGUGAAUGUGAGUGUGAAUGGUUGUCUGUGUCUAUGUGUCAGCCCUGUGAUGACCUGGCGACUUGUCCAGGGUGUACCCCGCCUUUCGCCCGUAGUCAGCUGGGAUAGGCUCCAGCUCGCCUGCGACCCUGUAGAACAGGAUAAAGCGGCUACAGAUAAUGAGAUGAGAAUAUUAUUUGGCAGUGGGCACAUAGGAAAGUGUAAAGUUUAUCAUGCUUGGAUGAUGAAAAGCCUUUGAAGAUAUUUAUCUAAAUACUGUACAUGACCUACUCAUUCUAAACCUGCCAAGCUUUGCCGAAGAAGCUCUCAAGUCCCAAAGAGUUAAAGUCAUGUGCGUAAAAAAAAAAAAGUGAGUUUUACCGUAUUGCACAGACGACAGGAAAACUGCUAAGGUUUUCUUCUGAAGUCUUAUUCUGAGGAAAAAAAAAACCAACUAGAAAUUAGUCACUUGCUAGUACACAAAUAUGCUAGUUAGGUAGUUUUGGCUAGUUUGCAAGUUAGUAAAGCUAGCUAGCCUGCUAGGUCAGUUUGGAAUUUUCAUUCUGACAAAAACUAGAAACGAAAUUUCGUCACAUUGUAGUACACAAAUACGCUCGUGAGCAAUUCUGGCUAGCUAGCUUGGCUAAUUGUUGUGUCUUUAGAACGUUUGCUAAACUUACCCAAAAUGUUGUUCCUUUAAGAAACAAACGUGAAAGGUGUUUUUAUGGGACUGGAGAGCGGCUGUGAUCUUGGACUGAGGUGCGGCGCGUGAUGGAGUUCAGACCGCGAGCUCCGUCUGUUUAAAUCUGUGACAUUUUGGGUUUUGUUUUGAGAUUCUUUAUUGUUUUAUUAAGAUUAAUAUGACGAUGUUAUGUAUUGACUUGUGUUCUUAUGCUUUUACAGCUUCCCUUAGUUUCGGCGAAUCAUUCAGUAUUAAUCAGUGGAGAAAAGCGAUAAACGUUCUGUGAAUACGCAGAAAACCGGAUCAAACCGCGUGAUCCCGAGCCGGACGAGCGUACGGAUACACUGACAACUUUGUAUAAUAAAAAUGUAACUUUUUAAAAACGCAUCACCAGCUAGCAUGUGAGCAAAAAUGUCUGUUGAUAUUGUAAA